AUGAAAGGCAAAUCCGGAGAAACGGCGGUGACUCCGCGCACCGUUUUCCAGGUGAAUGGUGUGUGGAUUGCACACGCUCAUUCUAUAUGUGCAGGCUCAGCAUUUUUUGUUGCUCUUUUGGUGGGAUGCUACUUGCAUUUCCACAAAAUUGUUCAGAACGAGUACUUCGGGUACCCCCAAGAAUGGUUCCCCUCUGUCUCGGCGACGAUUGGCGACCGCUACCCGGAGCGUUCAUUUUACCAGCUGCUUAUUGCACUUACGGCAGGUCCUCGUUUCCUACUUCUGCUUUUCACGUAUAUUUUGACUGCCCGUGAGGGGGCCAAGGCCCCUCUGUGGUUGGUCCUUGUCGGUGUAAUUCGUACCUUCACUUGCGGUGGUUGGACCUAUGUCACCUCAACUGAUGAUCAUGACUGGCAUGACAUUUUCAUGAUCUCCUAUAUGGUUCUUACCAUCCCGUGGACGGCCCUGCGCAUCGCAUUGACCCCGGCUGGUAAAGCUCUUCAAUGGAGAAAGUGGACAGCCACUGCGUUUUUUACCACCAUUGCGCCUCUUAUCUACUUUUUCAUUCAGCACAAAGUCAAGCGCGUCCCUGGUGCCUACACAAUCUAUGCUUUCCUAGAGUGGGCUCUGAUUGUGUUCGAUAUCGCAUUUGAUGCCGGAGCUAUGUACGAUUUCGAGGGCUUGCAGUUGAAUGUCGUCGACACCACAGGCAAGCUUCGCAACUCUUCGGUUGGGUUCCUUAAAGAGUCCACGCAAACUACUCCAGAGGACAAACGUAUUCCUUCCGUUGCUUCUUUCGUGGUUUCUACCAUCAACUACUUUUUGUACUGGUCGGUUUUGACCUCCCUGGGGCUGGUCAUCUGGUAUUUCCCCUUGUGGUAUAUGGGUAUUUCUGGCUAUGAGGCUCUUUUGCUUUCGAUCGUGGCCACUUUCCUUCUGGUGAUUCCUCCUUUCCGGCGUUUACUAGUCGCUCUGCCCCAGAUCGCUUGGCUCGGUAACGCACUUGGAAUUGCUGCUGGUUAUGUGCUCGCUCCCUCAGACCGUGUGUUGGUGGUCGGCGCGGGUGCAGCUUUCGGUGCUAUUUCCUUCGCUAUCCAGACCUACUCUGCUGCUCACCGUCCUGCUGGUUUCUCUGCGGCCAACGGAGCUGCAUUUGUUCUUGGGUUGCUGCUUUCUGCGGUUGCCAAGAUGUACUUGUGGACCAAUAACCCCAUUUGGCCUAUUAUGAAUGAAAACAAUGGUGGUUUCGUUCGUGUCGGUGUGACUGUGGCUAUUUUUGCUGCCUUGUUCACCAACGUCGGGGAGCCUACGCCUUCAACUGCUGUAAAGGCUAACCGUGAGAGCUCUAUUCUUUCCGGUUUGGGCCUUGGUGCCGUUGUAUUCAUUUUCCAGACAUACUUCUCUGAUGGCUCUACUCUGCCGCUCUGGGUCUGGGAGGGUUAUCCCGUUCGGGGCCCUACUCCUUUGCCCCAUGGUUUGGUAACUAUUGCAGUUGUCGCUUUGGGAUUAUAUGCUGGACUGGCCUAUCGUAACAUCCUUUCUACAAAGUACUUGCUUUUUGCUCACCUUGCUACUGCUGUUCUUUGCUUGUUCAAGCAUUGGUUUGGGUACGCUGGUGGUCUGGUCCUCGGUGCUUACACUGGCGCUGUUGCACCAUCGCUACUUGAGGCUGCUGGACGCCAUACUCCUUGGCGUUCCUUCGGCAUUGGCAUGCUUGUUGUUGUUCUGUUCAUGCUCGCUGAGACUUGGACGGUGGCUUAUGCUUUCGUGCCCGGCGGACCAGCUCUCCGUGAACGUACCUGGGCAGUUAUGGUUGCCCACCAGGUAUGCUUGACUGCUGGUGUUAUCAAUGCUAAGCGUGUCAGACUCGAUACUGCUACACGUGCUGCCGGCCGUGGUCUCGCCAAGGUUCUGCGUCUCACUAUGGCUGGUAUCACGAUCGUUCUGGCGUUGGGAUCGCUGGUUACUUAUCAGCGCCUGCAGCACGUUGUGCCUGCUCCUGUUCACCCUGAAGAGAAGUUGCUGACUGCGGGUAUCUGGACUAUUCACUUUGGUUUGGAUAACGACAUGUGGGCUGCCGAGGUCCGCAUGAGAGAUCUGAUCCGUGAUGCUGAGCUUGAUGUUAUUGGCUUGCUUGAGUCAGAUACCCAACGUACGAUCGGUGGCCAUCGUGAUAUCACUCAGCGUAUUGCAGAGGAGCUUGGUUUCUAUGCCGACUACGGCCCCGGCCCGAACAAGCACACCUGGGGUGCUGCUUUGCUGUCGCGCUUCCCUAUUUUGAAUUCCACUCAUCAUUUGAUGCCGUCGCCCGUCGGCGAGCUUGCUCCAGCAAUUCAUGCUACUCUUGAUGUCUAUGGUACUCCUGUCGACAUUGUUGUCUUCCACUCUGGCCAGGAAGAGGAUGUUGAAGACCGUCGCUUGCAGACUCUUGGUGUUUCGACCAUCAUGCGGAAUGCCGUCAACCCUACCAUCUUACUUUCGUACCUUGUGACCAAGCCUCAUGAGGGCAAUUACAACACGUAUGUGUCUGAGUUCUCUGGUAUGCACGAUAUUGAUCCCAGCGACGAUUGGGAUCGUUGGUGCGAGUACAUUUUGUACAAGGGUAUUAAGCGUACCGGUUACGCCCGUAUCUCACGCUCUACUAUUACUGACACUGAAUUACAGGUUGGCAAGUUUGUUGUCGGGGAACCUCCUUCCUAUGAAAAUGCACGCAUCGAGGAGUCGGCUGUCCCUGUAGGACGUCAAUUCCCUCAGAUGUUCCGGGGAGAUGGCGUUCGUGGUCACCGCUAUCACGUGUUUGACGAACCCAGAUACUUUGCUUGA